AUGGUUCGGGCUUUGAAGUAUCAUGAGAAGAAGCUCUUGAAGAAGGUCGACUUCCUAGACUGGAAACAAGACCAGGGGCACCGUGACACCCAAGUUAUGAGAAUGUAUCACAUCCAAAAUCGAGAAGACUACCAUAAAUAUAACAAAAUCUGUGGGGAUAUCAGAAAGCUUGCAAAUAAGUUAUCACUAUUGUCUCCAACCGACAGUUUUAGAAUAAAGCAUGAACAGCUCUUGUUAGAGAAGUUGUAUAAUAUCGGAGUUUUGGCCACCAAGUCAAAGAUAUCGGAUUUGGAGAAUAAGGUCACUGUUAGUGCCAUUUGUAGAAGACGGAUAGGUGUGGUGAUGUGCAGGUUGAAAAUGGCAGAAACUUUGAAAGACGCCAUCACUUUUGUGGAACAGGGCCAUGUACGUGUGGGCCCCAAUGUCAUCACAGAUCCAGCGUUCUUGGUGACGAGAAACUUGGAAGAUUAUCUCACUUGGGUUGAUACGUCCAAGAUUAAGAGAAACUUACUCAAAUACAAGAAUAAGAUUGAUGAUUACGACUUAACUUAA